AAGCCCCAAGGCCGAGCCCCAUGGUGGGGCCCGCCUUACUCCCUCGUCUCGCUGGCCGAGGGUGGGGCUUUUGUCUAUAGAGUUUUAUUUUUACUUUUUUCAGUUUACAUUUUAUUUUGCUUAUAGGAGAAAAAUAUCUUCUCCCUUAAAAGAGAGAAAACGUAUAAAACCGACUUUGUGCAAGUUAAACAGUCUCAGGUUUGCCUGCUCGGGCCUAGCAAAGGCUUCCUUACCCAGAUGCUCCGCUUUGCAACAAGAAAUCUCUUCGCAGUCUCUGGACUUGGGACUUGGGGGCCUGGGAGAACUUUCUGGACCGUUUCACACCAGUGAGUGUUGCGAAGUCAAGAAUCUGAAAAAGCAACAAGUUUUUCACUGGAGGCACGGGCUUAAAGGCUGAAGGUUGUUUUGUUGUUGUUAGUGGUGGUGGUUUUUUGUAUUUUUUUUUCAAGAUGACCAAAGUGCCAGCCACCAAAAAGUUACAAAAAAUCACCAGCAAGAAGGCCCUUUGGCUCUUUUCCAGCGCAGAUCAACUGACUCAGCAGGCCUCAGACAAGACAGCGAAGAACUCCAAAUAUAUAGACAAGGAGAUAGCAAACCUUAAGAAGGAUCUUAUGCGAAGCCGCUUCCUGAUCCAGUGUGUGAAGAUAGGCCGAGGCUACUUCAACAUCCUGCGAGAGGAAAAUGCCAUGAAAAAGAAGCAGCAGCUACUCCAGAAGCUGAAGGAGGAGGAGCUAAACAAGUUCCAGCCGGCCAAGAAGUUCUCAGAUAUCCACUGCAGGGACAACCUGCUGGCUACCUACGACUGUGAGAAGCUAAAGAAGUUGGAGGCCGGGAUCAUCAUCCGCCCGUUCACGCCCAUCCACAGCUGUCUCAUGGCGCCCUCCCUGCCUGAGUCUCACGUGGAUCCGCUCUUCCGCCAGCUGUGUGCUCUCCACUGGCUCCUAGAGGCCCUGACCAUCGACCACACCCACCACACCAUGAGGCCCUUGAUUGCCUGUUGGAACCCCAAGGACCCAGGUGGCAGCAAGAGCACAAUAAAGAAGAUUAACAAGGACAAGUCCAUGGGGCAGAGGUGGGAUCACUUCGUCACGGCACCCAAGACCAAGAAAUACAAAGCUCCCGCCAUCCGCACAGCCAUGGCCAGCCGCAAGCCCAGCAGACGAGGCUCUACCCUCAGCCUGACUCGGACCAGUGGGGGCUCUUCUCCCCAGAGCAGUAUGAUGUCAGUGAACCCCGGCUCCGAUGAGCCCAUGGGCAGCAAAGACAUCGAAGACAAUGAGUCCUCCUCCACUAAGCCAGAAGAGGAAAUCCUCCACCUCUACUUGCAGAAGCUGCUGGAGAUGGUCCGGGAAGACGCCCGAAGAACCAUCUUGGUGGAGAGCGAGAUACAGAAGAAAGCCCCCAGCAUCCUGUCUUUAGUCAAGCAAAUCAAGAGUGAGUAUGGAUGGAAGGAGUGGCAGACCACACACAAAUCCAGCGAGCGGUCCAGCACUACAAGCGCAGAGAGCCACAUCCAGGUGAUCCAGAAGAAGUCGAAGAGCAGAGUUAACCGUGACAUCAUCUAUUGCAAGACCGGGGUGUGUAGCAACAUGCGGGCCAAGUUUUUCAGCGUAGCCCAGGAGGCCGGCUUCUGCCUGCAGGACAAGAUGGAAAUCCUCAGGAAGCGCCAGGAGGAGCGAGGACUCCAGAAGUUCCACUCCUUCAUUGUCACCUCGAACUUCCAGAAGGACAUAACAAAGAUGAGGCACCAGGUCUCCAUAGUGAAAGGGGACGCAGAGGAGAUUGCCGACCACUGGUACUUCGAUCUGCUGUCCAAACUCCCUGAGGAUCUGAAGAGCUUCCGGCCUGCCAAAAAGAUCCUGAUGAAGCUGCAGAAGUUUGGAGAGAACCUGGACCUGAGGAUCCGGCCCCACGUCCUCCUGAAGGUGCUCCAGGACCUGCGGAUCUGGGAGCUGUGUUCCCCGGACAUUGCAGUGGCCAUUGAGUUUGUGAGAGAACACAUUAUUCAUAUGCCCCAGGAAGACUACAUCAACUGGCUACAGAGCCGAGUCAACAUUCCCUUCCGGCAGCGCACCAUCCUGACAUAGAGGGGCCCAGUCCCCGUGGAGGAAAGCAAGCCAGCACCACAUCCCUAAGCCCAGCCUGUGCCCGUAGCCUCCUCUCUUCUCUCCUGGACACACGGCAUGGAGCAGUGAGAUCAGCUGAAGACACUUCUAACAAUAUGACUGUCUGGAGAGGGUGGUCCCAGGUGGCCCUCCCCUCCCCCACCAGGCUCCCUACCUCCGCUCACUGUCCAAUGUGGACUCUUGUUUUCUCUCCCAGACUCUUGUCACCAUUCCCCUUCCCCGAAAGCCCUGGAUAAUAAAUCUAACCUGGAUGUUUGACAUCUUCCCAAGGAAGAAUUCAAGGUGUGGCAUUUGGGUGCGGCAAUCAGAUCUUAGGAGAACAAGCUAUCAUUUGUGAGCUUUUGUAAAUUCGACAACCUAGUGCCAUGUGUUUUGCCUGCGUAAUGUAAUUAUUUAUAUUGGCAUAUGACAUUCCUGAGUACAUACAGAUGAAUAAAUGAAUGGAUAAAGAGAUGG